AUGAAUCAACACCAACAACUUCCGGACAGCGAUGGUCUUCAGGUCGACACGCACGCUGAGCAGGCUGCCAAAGCUCCCGAGGUAGCAUACAAUAGCCAAAAUGGUCACUAUUACGUUCCCGCCGGGUAUGAGGCUCCAGCGCCGAAGGGACGAAGACCUCCCUUUGGUCUAGGACUAUGGGCGUUUGCUGGGCUUGUCGCGCUAUUGACAGCCAUCGUUGUCGGCGCUGGUGUAGGAGGAGGAUUGGGCGCGGCUUUGGCGAACAAAUCUAGCGACUGUCCAGUAGAUGACGCAUUGGCAUCUGCUCCCUCUGCUACGGCAGAACCCACCUCAUGCCCAACCUUCGACAACAGUACAUCCGACAACGACACGGCCCCCUACGUCCCCAAGGCGGCCUCUAAAGUAACAAAUUUAGAAUUGAAUUGUCCCGAAAAGAUGAACGAUGCGACAAGUUACAAGUCUAAUAAGGGUUACGAGUUCAAAUGGUGGUGCGGUGUGAACGCGCCACAGGGUGACAGGGCCAAGGAAGGAGGUGUUGUCUUUGACUACCUUGCUUUCAUUGCUUACACUAUCGACGACUGCAUGGAAGCUUGUGGUAAUAUGAACCAGAAAGACGACGAUAACCACAACGGAGUGAGGUGCAGGAGCAUUGUUUUCUCGAAAAGCAUGGCGGCGCAGCUGGACGGCGGAGAAAAUGGCAACUGUUGGUUGAAAAACGCGACAAAAUCCGAGGGUGGUGAUUGGGGCUUUAAAGAUACGAACAUUGCCUACGCGGAGCUUGACGACUAG